CCUGGCUCAAACUCGCAACUAGCUGAAAUAGUCAAAUUAUAUUCUGAAGAUGACAUCCUGAAAAGGAAACACUUCGAAACCAUCUUCAACCUUGCGAACGCCUGCAACUGGGGAAAGUUAGACAUGGAUUUCAUCCGGCGGUGACUCAUUUGAUACAGGUCUGAACUCUACAGCACGGUAUCAUUGCUAAGGUGAGGUGUUCGAAUCUCAUCACUCCCUCUUAUUGCAGCUUUGCCUGUCCUUGUCAUUGUGUUUCCGCUCGAUGGACUCUACGACGUGCGAUUUUCACCAACUGCUCGUUUCGAAACCAAACGGAGAGGUGAUAAUGGACGAGGAAGGAAACGAUCCAGAAGAAAUUGAUCACAAGGACAUAUGCAUGGAAUGGGAGGCCAUACUGCCAACACUGCCCAAGCAAAAAGGGUGGAUGGCCGAUCAUCUUGUCCAAUACCAAGGAGUUUGGUUAAGCCCUUCAGGUCUAAAAGGAGUCAUGCUUGCAAGACACCACUUCACGUGUUUACCUACCGACAUUAUCUUAUCCACUUCUCCGAAAGCCGGAACCACAUGGUUCAAGGCACUUCUCUUCACAAUCAUGAACAGAAGAAUUUACCAGUUCUCCUCACACCCUCUACUUACCACCAAUCCCCAUGAUUUAGUACUCUUCAUAGAAGCCAUGUUCGAUCAAGCUCCUACAGCAAGUCCCGUUAAGGACGGCAUUUCAUCUUCGAGGUUGCUUUCAACUCAUAUGCCGUACUCCUUGCUACCAAAUUCCGUCAAAACCUCUUGUUGCCGAAUAGUGUACGUGUGCCGUGACCCGAAAGACGCGCUCAUUUCCCAAUGGCAGUACCUGAAAAGACUAAGGCCAAAAGAAAUGCCACCUUUGCCGCUCGAAGAAGCGUUUGGAUUGUUCUGUGAUGGGGUCUCGCAUUUUGGACCCUUUUGGGACCAUGCCCUGGGAUAUUACGGGGCUAGUCAAGAGUCACCUCAGAAGGUGAUGGUAUUGACUUACGAAGCCAUGAUGACGGAUCCAGCAUUCAAUAUCAAGAGAUUGGCUGACUUCGUUGGCCACCCUCUUGACCCGGAGGAAGAGAGCGGAGGAGUGGUGGAGAGGAUGGUGAGCUUGUGUAGCUUUGAGAAUUUGAGCAGGUUGGAAGUGAACAAGAGUGGGGUACAGCAAUUCACUGCUCAGUUCAUGGUGCCAAAUAGCAAUUUCUUUAGGAAAGGGCAGAUUGGAGAUUGGAGGAACCAUCUCACUCCAACAAUGGCGGAGAGUCUAAACAAGAUAACCAAGGAAAGGUUUGGUGGCCCUGAUUUGGAGUUUUCUUUAUAGCUGAUUAAGCUUUUGAGGCAGGUAAUAAAACUUUGCUUUGCUAUUAAUUUAGUAUAGAGCCAAAAUUUAGACAGAGAGG